CUCGUCUCUGUGUACGGAGUAGGUGGGCAUUAUGACCUAUAUCAAUGCCCCCAACACACAAAUACUUCGUUCAACGCCGCGCCGGCUUGGGCUGAGACCACAAAGGGCCGGGGCGUGACAGCGAGGUUUAGUGUCGGGUCCAACUGCCAUGGUUUGAUUGUACUGCCGCUUCUUCGCGACCGCCAUCGCCCAGUUCCCAAGUCUCUCUCUGCCUACAUACAGUACACACAUACCUGCCAGCAGAGCAGCCACCCGCGACGCGACCAACCCUCCGACCUGGUCGCAACACAUCGCACGCAAAUGGAAAGAAACCACCGCCCUUAUCCUCACCACCACCCAGCGCCGCAGCAGACGCUCAGGCUAGCAUGACUGUGGCGCGCCGCCGCGACAACAGGUCAACAUGGUCUUCUCCGCCCUGCUGCACUCCGCCCCUGCGCGGCCCGGCAAAAAGCGCACCAUGAGCACAUCCUCGGCACAGAGUGACACCACCCCCGAGUACAUCUGCGACGACUCUCAGCUCGCCGCCUGCCCGCACGAUGACGAGGCCCCCGACCUGCGAGACCUGAACCGCAGUCUGGAGGCCCUUGCCGUGGUCUUCCCAGACGUCCAGGUCGAGGUGUUUCGCGAGAUGCUGUCCAGCUUCUCCGAGGAGUCCAGGCUGGCAGUUGUCGCUGACGCCUUGCUCAAAAACCGCGUCGGAUGGGUCAAAGGCCGCUGGAGGCAGCUCCAGACCAAGGCAGACGUCGCUGCUUUGGUCCCCAGGUCCGAGAGAUUUAAGAGCCCCGAAUAUAUAGCUGCCGCCAAAGAUCUGGCCUGGCACGAGUUCAAGGGGCUGCCUCGCUCCACCAUCAACGCUGUGCUCGCAGAGUCCAACUAUUCUUACCUGGCCGCGAGGAAGACCUUGGUCGACCUCUCCCAAAAAUCGUGGAGAUUUACGCUGUCAUCACUCCUGUUAUACAGACGAAAAACCGUCUCGUCCGCCGACACGGGGAACCACCCGUUGGUCAUAUGGAAAUCGACUGGCCAGGGAUCCAUCGUGCCGACACUGAAGUCUACGGGCAAUACAGAGCUCGACCGGGAGUUGUUCGACGAACUGAUCACUCCGCUCAGGAUAUCCGCGAGGGAGAAGACGGAAGAGAAGGACCUGGAGAUGGCUGCGGCCAUGAACCUAGACGAGGCCGAGAGGGAGAACCAGACCCACGAGUGCUGCUGCUGCUUCACCGCCGGCUCAUUCGAGGACUUCACCACCUGCAACGCCAACGGGCACAUGAUAUGUCGCAGAUGCGUCCAGCUCUCGGUCACGGAGGCAGUCUUCGGCCAGAGCUGGGCCAAGACCAUCGAGCCGCAGACCGGCACCCUCAGAUGUCCGGCGAUGCCCGAGAACGCCAGCUCGGACUCGUGCGACAGCUGCAUCUCGCUUGACCAGGUGCAGAGGGCGGUGCUUGGCGUCAAGAAGGGUGCCGAGAUUAUGCGCAAGUUCGACCAGAGGCUGGCCGAGUACAGUCUCCAAGCCUCUGGGCUUCCCCUCGCACGAUGUCCAUUCUGCAACUACGCCGAGGUGGACGACGUGUACUUCCAGUCGCGGGAAUUCCCUCCCUGCUUCGGGGCUGAAGGGCCGAGGAACAGCCUCUUGCGGGCGUUAGAAAUCAUUGCGGGGUUCCCAUUCCUCGUGAUCCUGGGCCUAGUCUACCUGUUCAUUUGUCUGCUGGCAGCGAUGGAGCUGCCGUUCGGCAAGAGAGUAGUCGGGGAGUUCAACGCGGCGCUCAAGCGCCACAGCCGACGCUCGCGCGGCCUCAAGUUCACCUGCCAAUCACCGGACUGCGGGCGCAGCUCCUGCCUCGACUGUGAAAAGGAGUGGGUCGACAUCCACGUAUGCAAUGAGUCCAGUCUCAUCGCCCUCCGCACCCAGGUGGAGCAGGCGAUGAGCAUGGCUCUGAAGCGUGUGUGUCCCAAGUGCAACACCUCAUUCGUCAAGACGCAAGGGUGCAACAAGAUGACAUGUCCGUGUGGCUACAAGAUGUGCUACGUCUGCCGCAAGGACAUCACCGGCAAGGAAGGCAGUGACGCGGGCUACCAGCACUACUGUCAGCACUUUAGGCCCCAGGGCGACGGGAGGCCUUGCAACCUGUGCAACAAGUGCAACCUCUGGCAGAAGGAGGACGAGGAUGGUGUCGUGCAAAAGGCCAAGGAGGAGGCCGAGCGCAAGUGGGCUGAGGUCGAGCACCGCAAGCUGAGCGGUGCCGAGCAGGCCUAUCUUGAGACUGGAAUUGCCAUCACAAACCGGACCGUCGAGGCGGCCCUGACCAACGGGAGGGUGCCCACGGUAGCGGAGGUGUGCGACGUGGUCGUGGGCUUGCUCUUCGGGCACUAGGAACGGCUACGUUUAUUACGCAGUGGCCGAAGAGGCCAUAAUUACGACACGACAUCACAAUAGCAGCCAGACGAGGGCUGCAACCGCACACACGGGGUUCAUCAACGGACAGCACACGUUUGUGAGCAAUAGCAUUUCUAGCGUCCAGGCAGGUUUUGGCGAAGGGUCCAAGAGGGUGUAUUUUUGUUUUAAAGGGAGUCUGGCGUUUCGGGCGUCGGUAGCUGGAAUCGGUCCGUCCGGGAAGGAAAAGAAGUGCGGCAAGAGCUGACAGGUUCUUGUGAAUACAUUAUCAUACAUAAUAGAAAUGAGAUGGGGUGCGAAUCUCCGAUGUCAUAGAAAUCUACCUGCUGAAGCCGAGCUUGCCAUGCUCACCGGUGGUUUGCCAUGUGCGCGUUGCCCGUUUUGGGGCGGGCCUCGGCUGGCAAGAGACGGGUGCUCACCGACUGCUCGAGAUAUGUACGAGAUGGAAUCGAAGAGGUGGUGAGAGGACGAUCCCCACUAUUCUCAUCCCCCGUCGCCAACGUGGGUGACACGAGGUUUCACCAGGUCGAGGUCCGAAGCGGGCAGAGGGGCACGAUGGCUGAUGCGCCAAGCCUGCUCUGCUGACCAGAAGCGAUGGGGAGGUGAGGGGGUUGGUGCCUGGUCACCACUGUCGGAUGGAGUCGAUCACUGCGUCGGUGAGUGAGUGAAUGGGUGCGUGAGUGCGUGAGGGAG